AUGGCGGAAGCCUCGUCGAAUCCCGCUCCGGUGGCGGCUGCUACCGCCUCUCCUUCGGCUUCUGCCAACAACUCAGCAGACCCCUCUAGGGCUACAACACCCGCAAAUGCAGUCGUGGAGAAGCCUCCAGACGAUAGUUCCAAGCUCAAAACAUUCCUGGGCGUCCUGAGAAGACUGACACCACAAUUGUGCUACAGAUUCAUAGGAGUGGCUGAUCUUGCCGCCGUUCGAUUCUCCCUUCCUGCCCAACUGUUGGAGCCCACGCCGAAUCUGGAGUACUGGAAUUACUUGGAUAGGCCUGAAACCUUUAUCAGCAUUGGCGAUUCAGACGAGGCUCUAGGGCGCAUGCUGGGGACGCUACGGUUCUGGUUCACCAAAGAUUUGAAAUACGUCAAGGGAAAGCCUUGUAAACCUUACAACUCAACACUCGGCGAGUUUUUCAGAUGUAAUUGGGAGGUUGAAGACACAUCCCCACCACUAAAACACCAGCCAAACUCGCAACCUUCCAGUAGCGCAGCCAGCGUAGUAGGAAGGAACGUCAAGAUCUCCUACCUUACCGAACAAACCUCCCACCAUCCUCCAGUCUCCGCUUUCUACAUCGAUUGUCCCGAGAAGGGCAUCGUCGCACGAGGAUUCGAUCAGCUGAGCGCUAAGUUCACUGGAACAAGCAUUCGAGUUAUUGCUGGUGCUCACAAUCUGGGCAUUUUCAUUACCUUACAGAAGCAUGAUAACGAGGAAUACCAGUUGACGCAUCCGGCAGCUUACCUAGGUGGACUUCUCCGAGGUUCGCUCAGCAUCUCAGUUGCCGAUUCCUGCUACGUCACCUGCGCGAAGACGAAGAUAAAGGUCAUUCUAGAAUAUCUCGAGGAGGGGUGGCUAGGAAGAUCGCAAAACAAAGUCCUGGGUGUCAUCUUCAACUACGACCCGGAAAAUGACACCAAGACCAAGAUCAAGGAGGUUCCCGACAAGGACAUUUUGGCAAGAAUAGAAGGCUGCUGGCAGGACAAGGUUUACUACAGCCUUGGGAGCCAGCCAUUUAACAAAGCAACCGAGAAAAUCCUCCUCAUCGACCUCAACCCGCUUCACCCCGUCCCUAAGAUCAUCCCGCCCAUCGAGCAACAACUUCCCAACGAAUCCCGCAAGUUCUGGGAAGGCGUCACGAAUGCCAUUGUCGGCAAGCAAUACGGUCUCGCCACAACACUCAAGCAGGAAAUCGAAGAGCGCCAAAGAGGCAAGGCUGCCGAGCGAAAGGCUGCAAAUACAGAGUGGCAGCCACGUUUCUUCACUGGCGCUCUUACCCCGGUGGGCAAACCAGAUCUCACACCGGACGGCGAGGAGGCCUUGAAAGGACUCCACGAAGACAACUACGAGCUGGCUCCCAACAAGGAACUAGGCGCAUGA